AUGUUGGUUAAUUCUGAACAUGGAAGAACACAGCAUGGAACACACGAAAUUGUGCAUGAAAACGAAAGUGAUGAUUCACGACAAGGGUCUAUAAGAAACUGGGACCGCAUGGAGCUGAGUCAAGGUCGAAGUAACGUUUUAGUGCAAAUGGUAAUUGUAAGAGCCGUGGACUAUGAAUCAAAGGAAAGAGAAAUCACAUUCAGAACAAUGAGCUUCAAGAAGGGAAGAAAUUAUGAUGACUUGUAUAAACCUGAAGAAUUGGAUCAUGUUAUUACUGAAGAAUCUACAUGUUCCAAGAGAAGAAAGAUGGGAAAUUUGAAGCUGCAAACCACAUUUUCAUUCAAAUAUCUACUUUCUGAUAAUUCUGGUUCAAAGAAUGAAGGUGAAGGCCUGUUCAAUGUACAAAGCCCCACAAUUGGGUUAGCAAAACCAGAAAUUUGGCUUUCACCAAAGUCCAUUGGAGAACUUGAUGUAGCUGCAAUAAAGCUACAAAAAGUUUACAAGAGCUAUAGGACUAGAAGAAAUCUAGCAGAUUGUGCAGUUGUUUGUGAGGAACUAUGGUGGAAGGCUUUAGACUUUGCUGCUCUUAGCAGGUGUUCUAUAUCACAUUUUGACUCUGUUAAAUCAGAAACAGCUGUUUCAAAAUGGGCAAGGGCUAGAACUAUGGCUGCUAAGGUGGGAAAAGGUUUGUGCAAAGAUGAUAAAGCGCAGAAAUUAGCUUUAAGGCACUGGCUUGAAGCUAUUGAUCCUCGUCAUCGUUAUGGGCACAAUUUGCAUUUAUACUAUGAUGUUUGGUUUCAUAGCCAAAGUUCACAACCUUUCUUCUACUGGUUGGAUGUUGGAGAUGGAAAAGAAGUAAAUCUAGAAGGGUGCCCAAGAAGUGAAUUGCAUAGACAGUGCAUAAAAUAUCUUGGACCCAAAGAAAGGGAAGCAUAUGAAGUGAUUGUCAAAGGAGGAAGGCUUAUAUAUAGAAAAAGCCAAAACCUUGUGCAUACUGUUGAGGGAUCCAAGUGGAUUUUCGUUCUUAGUUCAUCUAGAAUAUUGUACAUUGGGGAGAAAAAGAAAGGCCAAUUUCAACACUCAAGUUUUUUAGCUGGGGGUGCUACUAUUGCAUCUGGAAGAUUGGUUGCCCAAGAUGGAGUUCUUAAUGCAAUAUGGCCCUACAGCGGUCAUUACUGUCCUACAAAGAAGAACUUUAUGGAAUUCAUUGGCUUCUUGAUGGAACAUAACGUGGACUUGACAAAUGUAAAGAAGUAUGCAAUUGAUGAAGAUGUCCCACCUUCUAUUGAUGAGGGGCCACAGUUUGAGUCCACAAAGGCUAAUAAUGCUAGUUCCACUGCCAAAUAUUGCAAUAAAGAUAAUAUGGGUCACUCUGUGACCAAUAUGGAAGCUUCACAACUUAAAGAGAACAAGGCAUUAUCAAUAAAAUGGACCACUGGUGCUGGUCCUAGGAUUGGUUGUGUAAGAGAGUACCCUCCAAAACUCCAAGUUAAGGCACUUGAACAGCUGAAUCUGUCACCUAGAGUCAACCAUGGAAAAGUUGCUACCAAGGCACCCAUUCCUUCACCAAGGCCAAGUCCAAAAAUCCACCUAUCCCCUAGGCUUGUGCACAUGGGAAUUCCUAGCCCAAGAGUGCAUGUUACUCCCGCAAAUUAG